GUUGAGAAGAGCCAGAGCCCACAGACCUCCCAGGGUAGCAGCUUGAACACGCUGGUGCUGCCCUACAGCCGAGCUCUGGCCGUACCCUUCACUGCCCAGGGGAUGUGGUUGUAAGACAGAACCCGCAAAUCCUGCAGGCAGAGGGUUCUCGGGGCCAUGGCCCAGCUCAACAUCAACAGCAACCCUGGCGAGUGGGGCUGGAGCACAGAUGCUGGGGAGCGAGCCCGCCUGCUGCAGAGUCCCUGUGUGGACACAGCCCCCAAGGGUGAUGGAGAGGCCUCUUCCGGGGGUACAGACAGAGGCACCACUUCCACGCUUGGGGCCAUCUUCAUUGUAGUCAACGCCUGCCUAGGGGCAGGGCUGCUCAACUUCCCAGCAGCCUUCAGCACUGCUGGGGGUGUGGCAGCUGGCAUCACGCUGCAAAUGUGCAUGCUGGUUUUCAUCAUCAGCGGCCUCGUCAUCCUAGCCUACUGCUCCCAGGCCAGCAAUGAGAGAACCUACCAGGAGGUGGUGUGGGCCGUGUGUGGCAAGCUGACAGGCGUGCUGUGUGAGGUGGCCAUCGCCGUCUACACCUUCGGCACCUGCAUUGCCUUCCUCAUCAUCAUCGGGGACCAGCAGGACAAGAUUAUAGCUGUGGUGGCAGAGGGGCCUGAGGGGGCCAGCAGUGGCCCCUGGUACACAGACCGCAAAUUCACCAUCAGCCUCACCGCCUUCCUCUUCAUCCUGCCACUCUCCAUCCCCAGGGAGAUCGGCUUCCAGAAAUAUGCCAGCUUCCUGAGUGUCGUGGGCACCUGGUACGUCACUGCCAUUGUUAUCAUCAAAUACUUCUGGCCAGAUAAAGAGAUGACCCCUGGGGACAUCCUGACCAGGCCGGCUUCCUGGGUAGCCGUGUUCAAUGCCAUGCCCACCAUCUGCUUCGGAUUUCAGUGCCACGUGAGUAGCGUGCCCGUCUUCAACAGCAUGCGGCAGCCCGAGGUGAAGACCUGGGGUGGGGUGGUGACGGCCGCCAUGGUCAUAGCCCUUGCUGUCUACAUGGGCACAGGCAUCUGUGGUUUCCUGACCUUUGGAGCUGCCGUGGACCCCGAUGUGCUCCUGUCCUAUCCCUCAGAGGACAUGGCUGUGGCCGUUGCCCGAGCCUUCAUCAUCCUUAGCGUGCUUACUUCCUACCCCAUCCUGCACUUCUGUGGGCGGGCUGUGGUCGAGGGCCUGUGGCUGCGCUACCAGGGGACGCCGGUGGAGGAGGACGUGGGGCGUGAGCGGCGGCGGCGAGUGCUGCAGACGCUGGUCUGGUUCCUGCUCACCCUGCUGCUGGCACUAUUCAUCCCUGACAUCGGCAAGGUCAUCUCGGUCGUUGGAGGCCUGGCAGCCUGCUUCAUCUUCGUCUUCCCAGGACUGUGCCUCAUUCAAGCCAAACUCUCUGAGAUGGAGGAAGUCAAGCCAGCCAGCUGGUGGGUGCUGGUCAGUUACGGAGUCCUCUUGGUCACCCUGGGAGCCUUCAUCUUCGGCCAGACCACAGCCAACGCCAUCUUCGUGGAUCUCUUGGCCUAACAACUGCCUCCCGAAAAAGAUACAGCCUUUGCCAGGGACCCAUCUCUUAGACCUGUGGGGCCACCCUGAGUCUGGUGUCAUUCCCCUGGACUGGCGGGAUGGCAUCCAGACCUCCUCUUCCAGGGACGGUUCUGGAUGAAAGGAGGGCCCACACCUCUGGACAACGCAAACCCAGCUCCUUUCCAGCUCCCCACUCCUGGCAGCGCCAUGGUUGGUGGGAGGGGGUCUUGCAUCACAGAGGAACCCUUCCCCCUCCCCCAACUCUCGACUUCUCCAUGCCUGGAACCCAUGAGUGAAGAGGGACAGUAGGUCUUGGAACAAAGGACCCAGGCUGACUUCCCUCUGGAGCACCUGUCCUGAGUAGGGCUAUGCUCAGUACCCCCAGGCUCAGUGCCUGCUCCAGAGGCAACAGAGACGGCUGGACCCACAGUGAGCCUGGUAGACAUCUUUCCCAUGGCUAGUGGACAUCUCCCAGGCCUUUUGGGGCCUCACCCUGUCUCUUUCCUCAAAUCUGAUGGUCCAGGCGGGCAUCCCUCUCCUCCACUCCCAGGACACUAUCAUGUCUAAUGUUUACAAACACUGCCAGCCCAGCUCUGAAGCUAGGGCCAUACUGUGCCACGGUGCUGUGAGGACUCCUCCGUUAGCUUUCCCCAUGGGGGUCUGCUUUUCUCUCAGAUUCCACGUGGACCCAUCUUUUCAGAGGUAAAACGAUGGGUGAUGGAGAAGGCUGGGAGCCUUUAUGUUCCUUCAUCCAAUUUUGAAGGCUGCAGGCUCUGCACGCAGGCUGGGCUGGCCAGGAUCAAGGGGAACCUGUCUGAUCUCAAUGAUUGCUCCUCUUCCUCCGCUCCCAUCCAUAGCCAACCCCAGCAUGAUAGCCCAGAGAGAAAAAGGGCAGUUGUCACCAACAGGGGUCACCGUUUAAGUCCAGUCACUCCAUCCUGGAAGUUUCACCCCAUCCC